GAAUCCUGUCACGCAUGUUUGAACAAAUAAUUCCAAAUUCCAAAAGAAGUCCAAAUUUGUCAAGAUAGAAAGAGAGCAGAAAGAGAGAAUGCAACAUUAUAAUGCUCAUGAGCGGCCUCCAGAGAAGCUCCGGGCCAUCUAUAAAAAGUAUCAAAAACUGACUCAAGCUCAAAUCGAUGCUGAUCCGAACGUUAUUGAUUUUGUCCGAGGGCUCACACCAGAGCAGAAGAGCCAGUUAAAAAUCAUAAAAUCUAUCCCGGAAGAGGCUCUGCGAAAGAUAUGCUCUUCACUCAAUGAGGCCUCGGACCGUGAAAAAUCCGAAAUCAUCGAGGCUUCAAACAAUGCCAGUGUGUACGAAUUGGAAGGCCUUCCUGAUACGCAAUCUUGUCUUCUCUCGCGUCUUCUGCAUCGAGAUCUUUCUGAUCCCCGUCAUAAGACAAACCUUCAUUUGCACUAUCACGUGCCAUAUCCCACCAAGGCGGAAGGCCCAGAAGAUGGCAGAGCAACAGCCCAUCAGUCUUUCUUCUCUUAUCCCCCAAACUCUCCGCUUACUUUAGCACCAAAAGAUGCUUCGAUUCAUAAGCCUCUUACCGUAUCUCAAUUUCUUCAGCGAAAGCUUCGAUGGGUCACUCUCGGAGGCCAAUAUGAUUGGACUCGGAAAGAGUACCCAUCAGAUGCACCGCCAGAUUUCCCGAAGGACGUGGCACGCCUCCUGGAGUCCAUUUUUCCAGAAAUGAAGGCAGAAGCAGCCAUUGUCAACCUCUAUACUCCUGGCGACACACUUAGUCUUCAUCGUGACGUGAGUGAACAGAGUGAGAGAGGACUGGUCAGUCUAAGUAUAGGAUGUGAUGGCAUUUUCGUCAUCGGGGUUGAAGAGGAUAAUCCAACCUCUGACAAUGGGACAAGCGCACGAUACUGUAUUGUGAGGUUGCGCUCGGGAGACGUCGUGUAUAUGUCACGGCAAGCAAGGUUUGCCUGGCACGGUGUCCCCAAAAUUUUGGAGAAGACAUGUCCUGAGUCCCUGAAAGAUUGGCCAGGACAGGCAUUCGAUGCUGGUGGCAAAGAAGAGGGACAGCAAGGCGGUGAAUAUGACGAAUGGAGAGGGUGGAUGGCAUCAAAACGUAUCAAUCUCAAUGUCCGGCAAAUGUACGGCUGA